AAGUGCAGUGGUCACAUGUUCUGGGCUCUCUGCCAAAAGCCUCAUGAAGAUUUAGAAACUUUGUAUCUUUUUCUGGCUGUUCAGUGCAGAAGAUCAAAGAGAAAGUUGAGACGUUUCAGUAACAAUCCUGGACUGCGUUUUAAGUGGGACUGUCCCAUGAAUAGUUGUGAGAUCCCACCUGAUGAUGAUGAUUUCAGUCUUCCUGAAGGAGAGGAGGACCUUGUGAGAACUGUGCAGACUGUUCGUGAUCAGGCUGAAGACAGUUUUUCUCCCAGAUCAGUGCUUACUACGCAGAGACCCGUGUCUCACAGACCUGAAGUGGUGGAUGAUUUUGUUCGCAACUUCCUGAUUAAAAUGGGCAUGAUGAAAACUCUGGAAUGCUUUCAGACAGAAUGGUAUGAAAUGAUGCAAAAAGGGCUUUUAUCAGCAGAAGUUGCUGGUUUUGUCCCAGAUAUUUAUGCUCACAACCAGAUGUUAGAGACUGAGAUAAAGAGUUUGAAGAAACAAGUGGAAACAUACAAACUGGCUGCCAGCAAAGCUAAAGAGGCAAUGGUUAAAUUGUAUAAAGAACGGGACUUCCAUAAGAUGCAUCACAAGAGAGUGGCACAAGAAAAAAACAAACUGAUAAAUGAUUUAAAAAAGCUAAAAGAGCAUUAUACAUCAUAUGAGCCAUUGCUGCGGCAGCUACAUGAGAAGUACGAGACUGUCCUGCGGCAGAAGAUGCUGAUCAGUUUGGAAAGGGAUCGAGCAGUUGGACAGGUUACAGGUUUACAAGCCACGCUGCGAAAUCUGGAAUCUGGCCAUAAGGUUGAAGUUUCUUUGAAAAAAGAAGAAUCAAAGAACAAAAAGGAAAUGGGCCCUACCCAAAAAGCAAUCAAGGAGGCACGUGAGAAAGAACUUUUACAGGAAGGAGUAGCGCCAUACAGCCCAGAGAAAGACCCAAACAAACAGAUUGGGAAGAGGCAUCCAAAGGACUCAGAAUUUCCACCAGACACAAAAGUAAACCCUCGAUUGGUUCAGUUGAAAGGGAAGAACAGCCGCCUAAAAUUAGAUGGAUAUCGUCUCAGCAACACUCUGAAAGUACACGAGCUGGCAGUGAGCUGUUUGGCACUGCACCCCCGCAAAGAGAUUUUGGUAACCGCCAGUGAUGAUCGUCUCUGGAAGAUGUGGGACAUUCCCAGUGGAAACAUCAUAAUGACUGGUGAAGGACAUACUGAUUGGCUGGCUGGCUGCUGCUUCCAUCCAAAAGGCACCAAGCUAGCAACUGUGUCCGGUGAUAAGACUGUUCGGCUCUGGGACUUUUCGAAGUCAGAAUGCAUAUUAACAUUGGAAGGUCACGCACAGGCAGUAUGGGGAUGCUCUUGGCACAGUUGCGGCGAUUUUCUGGCCUCUUGUUCUUUGGACGGCAACAGCAAGAUAUGGGAUCUCAACAGUGAGAGAUGCAGAUACACUAUGCGAGGCCAUAUGGAUUCUGUGAACAGUAUUGAGUUCCUGCCAUAUUCCAACAUUGUCCUUACCAGCUCAGCAGACAAAACUCUGUCUCUGUGGGAUGCCAGGAUGGGUUUGUGCGCGCAGACAUUUUACGGGCAUCUACACUCCUGUAAUCAUGCUGCAUUCAACAUGAAGGGGGACACCAUUGCUUCUUGUGAUUCUUAUGGAGUUUUGAAACUUUGGGAUGUUCGGAAGGCAGUAGCAAUGUUAUCAACUGAUGCAGGUCCUCACCCGGGAAAUCAAGUAGCAUUUCAUCCAUCUGCCACGGACGAUGAAGAUGAACAUGUGCAAUUGCCCCAAUAUGUUUGCAACUGUCAGUCCCUGUAAAAGAAGAGGUCAAAAACUAUUCUCAGCAGAAUUGAUCUGCUAACUCAGUGUAUGGGCAGGUGCCACCUUAUUUCUUUCUCUGCUGAGUUAAAAGGAAAUCUCAUUUCUAGUAUUGAAUGACACAGAGCCCCAGUGGCCAAAUUACUAUUAAACAACACACAGCAGUGUCACUCUCCCAAUUCAAACUCUCUACAAUCAGUGCUUCCCAAACCAUUAGCAUCUCCGUAGUAAGGAAACAAUCAACAAUGUCACGUGCACCAUUUGUUGCUAUUCUGAUUAAUUUGAUUUAUUGUUUAUUAUAGCUGAGAAAGCAGAAUUAACAAAACUGCUUUGGGGACAUACAUCAGGGCAAGUGUUUCAACAUCAGAAUGUAAAUCAUAUAUUCUUGUAAUUAGCACUCUUUUGAUGCAUGAGGAUAGCAGUGAUGGGAUAUUUCACCUCCGACUAUCAAUUACAAGGAUCUUGUUAGUCACAGAGGAAUUAAAUGACAUAUAAAUGACUGAAUGAUUUUCUCUGAGGCAAAGAGAUCCUUUUAUACCCUUUUAUCACAGUUAUUUACUGUCUAUUUAAAGACAAUUGCAUGGAAGAUACAAAUCAUGUUAAACAGGGUAUAUUUUUCCUUUUCC